UCUUUGAGGACACCUUUGAGGGGUGUUUGCUCCAAGCUGGAGAAUGGCUUUCCUGCAAAUUCUCAAUUGAUCUGUGGGCUUGGGUGGACUUCCCUCUGGUGGGGUUCUUCAGAUUUCCCAAGGACUUGUGCCCAACCAGUAACCACUCUGCUCGUGGUAUGCUCCUUCUCUGCGCAUGCACACCGAAUCCUGAGGAGGAUAGAAUUCUGCGCCGUGGGAGGAGAGUUGGUGAGGCUCAACCGCCCUCUUCGGCAGGCUCCUCAACCAUCUUCUCUGUGAUUCCUCUGCUACUUUUGAAGUUGGAAAGGGUUCCAUCAAAUGAUGAUGGCUGAAAACAGCGAAGAGCUUUCUAUACACUCUAAAAAGGAAGAGGACCCUGCUGGAGAAGCCAUGGAUCCUACAUUACCCCAAAUGGGAAGCAUUGUGACCAUGAUGCCAGUGGAAGAAGAGGGAGAACCCCAUCUUAAGGCUUCAGUCACUGCAAAUGGAGAAGGUGCUACUGUCAGCCCAAAGGCCCAGGAGGGUGUGGUAAAAGGUGGUCCCACAACAACUAAAGGCCCCCCAAAAUGGGUUCCAAGAAACAAUGCUCCGCCUGCCAAAUGCAGUUAUCUUAGCAGUACAGGGCUACUUCCUGAAGGCGGUGAUGCCACAUUUGCAGGAGGAGCUGUCAGCCGUGAGAUCCCUGCAGGUGCUCCCAGGGUCACAGCAGCAGCUGACCGUGGACGUGUGCCCAGUGGGUACCCCGUAAGCCGUGAGAAAUGGAAUGCUGAAAUUAAGCAUCAAUUAAUGAAGGAAAUUCGACGAUAUGGACGAAAAUAUGGAAGGAUUUUUGAGCUGCUUGAAGAAGUGCAGGGACCCCUGGAAGUCCAGAUACAGUUUAUUGAGUUCACCAUCAAGGAAGCAGCAAGAUUUAAAAGACGCCACUUAAUUCAAUUCCUUGAGAAGAAACGUGAAGAAAUAUUGUCUCACAGCUUUCUCUCCAACAAUGAUCCAUCAGUUGAUAUGUAAUUCUGUUAUUACUGUGGUCAGCAGGAUGCAACAGAUAGUUUAGUGUGUUCCAGAGUAGGAGGAUACUGAAGUCUCCUAACUUGUGUUAGCUGUAAUAACUACAUUUAAGAAAACUAUUCUAAACUAUGCUUAGUAAAAAAUGGGCUUUCUCCCUGUGCCUUUUAUUUGAAAGCAUAACUUCUUGCUGGUUUGUUGAUUUUUUUCUCUCCCCUCUGCUGGUUGAUGUUAUUGACGUUAUUGUCUCAUCAGGUAAAUAUCAUGACAAGUCUGUAUUCUGAAGCAGGUCACCAGUGUCAUCUCUGGUAUUUAGAAAUGCCUUCUUUCCCAACCAUUUCCUAUUCCCAUUGCCCAGAGAUAUCCCCUCAAUAGGACAUGGUGCCUGGCUUUAUGGGCUCUCUCCAGUCCUCUUUACUGAACCUCUGGGCCAGUGGAUAUCCUGUGUGAACCUGACUGCUGUAAAUACUCAUCAUUUCUAAGCACAAGAGUGCUAAGAAGGGCUCCACAUCUUCCGCCCAAUCCUCCUUAGCUCCUUGUAUAGUAGCAUCCAGUUUCAUUUGAAAAAAUGUUUUCAUCACUCUAUGAUUUACAGUAACACAUUUGUGACUAUAAUAAAGAUAGACU